AUGGCAUUAUCCUCCAAAAACACAGGGGCACAGGUGAUUGAAUUCCUGAUGAUCUGCUUUCCAGGCAUGCAAGAUACACAGCACUGGCUCUCUAUCCUAUUGGCUCCUCUCCUAGUUUUGGCCCUGGGGGCCAACUUUGUUUUAUUAAUGACCAUCUGGCAGGAAGCAUCUCUGCAUGAGCCCAUGUACUACCUGCUUGCCAUCCUCUCUGUGCUGGAUGUCAUCCUCUGCCUCACAGUCAUCCCCAAGAUCCUGCUCAUCUUCUGGUUCAACAUGAAGACCAUCAGCUUUUCAGGUUGCUUCCUGCAGAUGUUCAUCAUGAAUACCUUCCUCCCUGUGGAAUCUUCCACCUUUCUGGUCAUGGCCUAUGAUUGCUAUGUGGCCAUCUGCCACCCACUGUGCUACUCCUCUAUCAUCACAGAGCAGUUUGUCAUCAAUACAGCCAUCUUCAUUAUCUUCUGCAAUCUGGUAGGCCCACUUCCUACUCCAGUCCUGGCUGCUAGGCGCAACUACUGUGCCAGCAACGUGGUGGAGAACUGUAUAUGUGCCAACAUUUCUGUAGCCAAGCUCUCCUGUGGGGAUAAUCACCUCAAUAAGCUCUAUCAAUUCAUGAGUGUUUGGUGCCUUCUAGGUUCUGACAGGGUGCUCAUCUUGCUGUCUUACUGCUCCAUUUUGAGGGCUGUUUCAAGCUUGCAGUCGGGAGGUGCYGCCACCAAGGCUUUGAGUACUUGUGGUUCACAUCUCAUUCCUAUACUUUUCUUCUAUACACUGUUGCUAGUAUUCAUCUUCACAAACAAGGCAGGAAAGAAGAUACCCUCAGAGGUACCUAUUCUUCUCAAUGUCCUGCAUCACCUCAUUCCACCAGCCCUCAACCCCAUUGUUUAUGGAGUUCAUACCCAGGAAAUUAAGCAGGGGAUCAUCAAAUUAUUCAAAUCCUGGGCUUGGGAGAUAUGA